CCCCUCUCUGGGGCCUUCCAGGCUCAGGCGGCGCCUACGUCCCCCACGCGGCCCAGGUGGCGGGCACUAAGGAGGGGACGCAGAUGCCACCGGCUCCUCCUUCCCUCGUGCUGAGGGUUCAAGGACGCAGGAAACCAUUUCAAGGCAGAAGAGGAAGGGAUUCUGGAGAAUCGCCUGGGAGACUCAACCCUCACGCCCCCGGGGAGUUCUGGCGGGGCUUGCCUAGCGGUGGAAGGAGCCUGCGGGGAGCCGACCGCUGAAGUUCUAGACUCGCACUGGUCGCGACCCGCUUCCCAGGAACCCCUGCUUCCCGCGCCGCCGCGCAGCGGCGCGUCGCUCCCUACCCAGCAGUCCUUGCGCGGUCCGGCAGAGCGGACACCCAGGACUCCAAGAUGGCUUCGCCCGUACCAGUGAAGGAAAAGAAGCUUAUGGAGGUGAAACUAGGAGAGCUGCCAGGCUGGAUACUGAUGCGGGAUUUCACCCCUAAGGGCAUUGCUGGAGCUUUUCAAAGAGGGCCCCGGGGAGCGAAAAAGCCAGAGUUGGACCUCAUGAGAUUUGCUCAGCUUUUCUCCCGCUUCCGCCCUGUGGGACUGUCCGCCCUCCAGCACCUUGACCCUCUCAGAGUCAAAUGGGCAGGAGGCAGGGAGGGGCCCACAUGGCUGAGGGCUGCAUGGCUGACUCGAGCCUGCAGCAGCUCCCCCUUGCAGCUGCCCAUUGGCCAGGGGAACCAGAAGAAUGCGAGCAGCCUCAGCUCUGACCUGAGCCAGCCCAGCCCCACGGCCACUCAGGAAGAAGAGGAAGGUAGCUUUGGGACCCUCUCCAGCAAGUACUCUUCGAGGAGAAUGUUCCGAAAGUCAACAGCCCAGUUGUAUAACCUGCGGCUCAGGGAACAGAGUGCUGAAGAUGAAGAAAGAGAGCUGGAGCCAAAGUCAUGGCGGGGCCGGAAAAACACCCCUUACUGGUACUUCCUUCAGUGCAAACACCUGAUCAGAGAAGGAAAGCUGGCUGAGGCCCUGGAUCUGUUUGAGCGGCAGAUGCUGAAGGAAGAGCGACUUCAGCCCCUUGAGUGCAACUACACUGUACUGAUCGGGGGCUGUGGGCGGGCCGGAUACCUGAAGAAGGCCUUCAGGCUCUACAACGAUAUGAAAAAACGGGACCUGGAGCCCACAGAUGCCACGUACACAGCCCUGUUCAAUGUCUGUGCUGAGUCCCCCUGGAAGGACUCUGCUCUGCAGAGUGCCCUGAAGCUCCGGCAGCAGCUCCAGGCCAGAAACUUCCAGCUCAACUUAAAAACAUACCAUGCACUGCUGAAGAUGGCUGCCUUGUGCGCAGACCUCAGGAUGUGCCUUGAUGUGUUCAAGGAAAUCGUCCAGAAAGGGCAUGCAGUCACAGAGGAGACCUUCAGUUACCUGCUCAUGGGCUGCAUCCAGGAUAAGAAGACGGGUUUCCGAUACACCCUACAGGUGUGGAGGCAGAUGCUGAGUCUGGGGCUCCAGCCGAGCCAGCAUGGCUACAACCUCCUUUUGGGGGCAGCUCGAGACUGUGGCUUGGGGGACCCGGAGGUGGCCUCAGCACUGCUCCUGAGGCCCAGGGAGGAGAUGGUCCUGCUCCAGCCCCGGGCAGGUGGGUUUCGGACAAGGAAGAGAGCCCAGGCCCAGGUGGGCGAUGGCAUGUCAAUCAAGCACGUGGAGGCCCUGGAGAGGCAGCUGUUUCUGGAACCUUCUCAGGUAGUUGAGGGCCUUCCAGAGCCUCGUGAAGCCAGAGCCCCCAGCAAGGCCCAGCCUGAGGUGGAUACCAAGACGGAGCCUGACCACAUGGUGACCCUCACUUCAUUGGCCUCAGAACCUUCUCGCUGGGGACUGGAGGCCAACCUCCUGACCUUGGGAGCAGUCCCCCCAGCUGUGGUCUCCUUUGGGACUGUAACCACCCCAGCUGACAGGCUGGCCUUGAUGGGGGGCCUGGAGGGUUUCUUGGGCAAGAUGGCAGAGCAUGGGCUCAAGCCCAAUAUCAAAACCCUCACACUGCUGGCUGAGGUGGUAGAGCCUGGGAGUCCUGCAGAGUCCUCACUGCUGACUGUCCUGGACACGCACCAGGUGGAAGCUGACGUGACAUUCUUCAACACACUGAUGAGGAAGAAGAGCAAACUUGGCGAUCUGGAGGGGGCGAAGGCGCUGCUACCACUCCUGGCAAGGAGGGGAAUCAUCCCCAACCUGCAGACCUUCUGCAACCUGGCCAUUGGGUGCCGUAGGCCCAGGGAUGGUCUGCAGCUGCUUGCAGACAUGAAGAAAUCCCAGAUGACCCCCAACACCCACAUCUACAGCACCCUCAUCAACGCGGCCCUCAAGAAGCUGGACUACACCUAUCUCAUUGACAUCCUGAAGGACAUGAGGCAGAAUAGAGUCCCGGUGAAUGAGGUGGUCAUCCGCCAACUAGAGUUUGCAGCCCAGUACCCACCUACCUUUGAUCGGUACAAAGAGAAAAACACCUACUUGGAGAAGAUUGAUGGCUUCCGAGCUUACUAUAAGCAGUGGCUGAAAUCGAUGCCAGCAGAGGAAACCCCCCACCCGUGGCAGAAGUUCCGGAUCAGGCCCAUGGGAGACCAAGAGUCCACCACGGAGGCGGAUAUGGACAGAAGCCUUGGAGGCAGGUGACAGGAAGUGCUGGGGGCCUCCAGCAGAGAAGGAGCAGAGUGUGUGGUUUAUAGAGCUCUACAGGAGCCCUAGGAGCCUCUCUGCAUUAGGCCUAUGUGUGUACUCCUGUGGCCUCAAGCCAGAGGAAGGGUGCGGCCUAGAGUAAGUGCUGCAGCAUUUUUCAGGCAGUUACAAGGAGAAACACUGGGCCCAAGGUGCCUGACAAGUUCAUGGCAGGUCCAAGAGCAGCUUGGUCCACCUUGGCACCCCAUCUCUGGUCACAUCCUUGUCUUUGGGUGUCGUCCCCCAUCAUGGACAAGGAAAGUGAACUUGUUCAGUCACACAGCACCAAUAGGGUGCUUGAGGUCCAUGGGUGACUGAUCUCUAGGGCCUGGCGCUUACCCCCUGGGUUCCACAGAUUGCUACCUCUGAAAGAAUAAAUGCAGAACCCAGAAAGUUUAAAGUUUUAUUUCUACAAAUCACUGAUAAACACCAAAGCCUUUACAUACGGAGACCAUGCUCCAACUCAGGCCAGGAGCACUGCUCUGCAGGAAAAGCUGCUCCUAGGAAAGAGGGUGGCACCACGGGCAGAAACCCAAGAAGUCCAAAGUUCAGGGUGAAGAGGGGUCAGGGCCUAAGGACCUCAGCCAGAGCAGCCCCGGCAGCCGCAGUGCGUGCACUCGAUGAUCCGGCCCUGCAACAGAGGAUAGCUGAGACACUGCACUCCUGCCACAUGCCUCCCCUGCCCCACGGAACCCUCCCACCAAGGAUGGCAAAGGGACAUUCGCUGUCUUCAGGACUCUCCUCAGAAAGCCUUCUGCGACAGAUGCAAACAGUUGCUAUUGACACUGAAGCUACAACUCUAUGCAUUUAAUUUAUGCACAUUCAAUGCACACACUUGCCCCAUAUAAAGGAAUAAAACGUGAAUGAUUGUUA